CAUUCAUUCUCGUUCUCUUUUUUGGCUUACUACAUUGUUUCAAUAAUGAGCCGUUCAACGUCCAACCUACUUUCACCUCUCCUUGACCAUUUCAAUAAAUUCUUAAAGAUGAGAUUCUCUUUGUCUCUGUCACGGAGAGAGCAAUCAAAGUUUGAAGAGGAAUUUAAGUACCUGGUAGUUACAUCAUCCUUAUUUAAUGACUCACUCAAACCAGCAACCACAACUGCCAGUGUUCUGAAUCAAUCACCAGCGUUUCUUAAUGAUGAUAUCGGUAGCGAACCGUUAGCCAGCCAGAAAAGAGACAAUUUGUCAACAAACGAUCCUACAAUACAAAACAUUCUCAUAACCAGUAGCAUUAAUGUCAUUGUCAGCUCAAUAUUCCUAACUAAAUUCGACACAUCUUCUACUAUGCUGCUAUUGCUACCUGUUUAUACCAUUUUAUGUUACUUUACAUAUCGAUACCAAAAACAUACUCAAAUAAGAAAAUUACAUUCAUGCGCCAUAAAUACUAUUAAUGAACUCAUCGCUAUAUCACAAGACAGUGAUCAAUUGUUAUAUCGAUUGAUUAAUCUUUCUCAUUAUGCAGAUGAAGAAGAAGGUGGAGGUAAAAGAGCCCAAGAAUUAACCAAAUCAUUGGGCUCCUUGCUUUCGAACCAUUUACAAUCCUACAUGGGCAUGAUAAAAAGCUUGGAACCACUUGUUGACAAACGAAACAUGACUCGUUUCAGAGACAUGUACAAUAUCAAGGAAAAAAUCCCAUCGCAGCUCAUUGUCAACGACAGCGAUGAGGAUGCUUUUAAAUUGGAAGACAUCGAUUUAUUAAUUACAAUGAUUACUUGGAAACGUCGUGAAUAUCUUUUACAUCUAUUGGCUCUGGAUGUUCUGUCAGCAGAGAAUAUGAAGAAAGAACAGCAGCAUAUAACAAGUACUACUUAUUAUAGCCAAAGUUGGAUCAAAGCUAUCCAGGCCAACAGACAAUUGAUUGAUGAGUAUACUGCAUUCAAUAGCGCUUCAACUCAACUUUUUUAUAAAAACACAACUAGUGUCUCUUCAGAAGAUGAUAAUAGCUCAAUGCAGUCCUCUUCUGUUAUAAACGAACUGAGCAUUAGAAAAAAAAAAUCGAUAAUCUCUACUACAGAUGGCAUGACGACCAGCAGUUUUGAUGGACGUGCACUUGCAUUAAUGCACAGGAUAUCGGCCAUUGAAAAGUUGAUGGAAGACAUGCAGGCCAGCUUAUUUUUAUGUAAACAAGACACGAGAUUGGUAUCAGGCAACAGCACUAAUAGUAAUUGUAGCAGCAGUAAUAGAAGAUUCUCAUCCUCAGCACAAUAUCAUCUAGUGGAUAGACUGAACAGGCGAUUUGAACAUUUGGAUAGAGAAAUAAAAAAUUUGUGUCAUCAAUGGGAAGAAAGUAAACAAUCAUUAAAUUAUCUCCUAUCGUUAGAAGACAAAAAAGAACUUUUGCCUUCACCACCCGCUUCACCUAAUUUAUACUUUUUCAAGCAUCAAAACAAGUAUCUGACAUCUGAUCUUGCAACCUCACCUAUUACCACGACAACUCAUUUCAAGUCAAUUGGGUUGCGUAGAAGCCAUACAUACAGCGGCGAAAGGCCUUCUUCUUUACAUCAGCACAGAAAAUUACAAAAUAUAAGAUUCAAUAAUCUUCCCAUUUUUGACACAAAAGUACAAGAUACCAUGGACAAUAACAAUAAUAAUGAUACCUCUACUAUUAAUAUUAUAGAACCUAAUACUCUUAAAUAAAUAUCCACCUCAAUGUUAGCAGCAGCUCGUCAAUGGAU